AUGUCUGCUUCCAACGACUACCCCAAACCCAUCUCAUUCACCAAGGAGUGGCACACCAAGCCCAACGCCUUCAUCUCGCCCUCGCGCCCCGAGCUCUCGGCGGCAGGCAAGAACGUGGUGAUCACGGGCGGGGGCAGCGGCAUCGGCAACGCCAUCGCCGUGGCCUUUGCCCAGGCCAGCGCCAAGUCCGUCUCCAUCCUCGGCCGUCGUCUGGAGACCCUGAAAUCUGGGGCGGAGAAAAUCACCACCGCGGCCACUGAAGCGCACACCUCGACUCAGGUCCUUUAUGAAACAGCCGAUCUCCGUCAGCGCAGUGCCGUCGACGAGGCCCUUGCUUCCAUUGUUUCCCAGGUCGGGAAGAUUGACAUCUUUGUCUCCAACGCGGGAACCCUACCUACGCCGGGGUUUAUCCGGGAGUAUGACGUGGAGGACUAUCUGGGGGGUGUGGUGGAGAAUAUCCGGAGCGCGCUGAAUGCCGCACAGGGGUUUUUGGCCGUCGCGGGGCCUGAUCCUGUGCUGUUGAAUACUUCGUCAUGUCUGGCGAAUAUUGCCCCGAUGCCUGGUCUCAGCGGUUACGCAGUGUCGAAGGCCGCAGUGUUGAAGAUGAUGGAGCACGUCGCCGUAGAGAACCCUCAUGUGCGCGUGGUGAGUGCCCAACCUGGCUGGGUGGCGACGGAAGGCAAUGGCUAUCAGGCCGAAGCGCCAGAUCAAGCUGAAUUGCCGGGCCAUUUCUAUGUCUGGUUGGCUUCUGCAGAGGCGGAGUUCCUCAAGGGGAAGUUCGUGUGGGCAAACUGGGAUGCGGAGGAGCUGGUGAAACGAGCCGAGGAGAUUCGGGGAUCCAAGCUCCUGAAUUGGAUUGUCGAGGGUGUGCCCAUGUAG